AUGAGUCUCGAGAUGAGGGACGUCGUGCCGCUGCUUCUGAACGUGUCGCACUACGUCACUGAUUUAGUGUACGUGCUGUACUACCUGGAUAAUAUGCAGAUGGAGGGGGGCAACACAGCGACACUUGCAGCAAAGCGCACUGACCUGCUUCACCGCGUGGUCCAAUUCAGGGACGCGUUGCGUGAGAGGCUCCCCCCCGCGGAGGAGCAAGACGGUGACACCGUCUCUGCGAGACGAAACGUACUUGCUAUGUGUCGAAUCCUGUUGCUCGACGACCAGUUACAGCAGUCCGUGCGCGACACAAACGUGCUGUGUCUACAGCUACUCUCCCAGAACGAAGAACGAGGCGGUAGCAGCAGCAGCAACGGCAGACUCGCCCAGCAGUUGCAGAACUGCCAACUCGGCCUGUUCAACCUGGUGCAGUUCAUCGAGAACUGCACGCACCACCAAGAACAAGAACAAGAACAAGAACCCACAAUUGCGUCCCCCGCAGUUGGGACCGCACUACGCGAGGACCUCUCUGCCAGCUGGCAGGUCCAAACAGACCUGUUGAACUGCCUCGUGUUCGACCUCAUCGCGAAGUGCCCCGCCAUCAGGACCCGUUACGCGGCAUCAGUGCGCUGCACCACCGCAGAACAGCAAACCCCGGAACAGUUCGCCGCGUUCCUGCACUGGCUGAAACAAGAAGAAGUCCUCGCAGGCGUCCCGCAGUUGUAG